AUGGCGCAUCCCAUGUCCCUCCGAGACCGACAGGUCGCGUCAAUUCAAAAGCUGUUGAACUUGAAUCAUGAUCCGAACCCCACAGACGACAAUACACAUGAAUCGUCCGCUCAAAGCGGUCUUAUCUCCCACUCCACUCCGAUCCUGAACGAAGAUGGCGACCCAAUCUGGAAGGUCCUGGUGUUCGAUGGCAUGGGCCGGGAUGUCAUCAGCAGUGUCCUGCGAGUCAACGAUCUCCGAACUUGGGGAGUAACCAUUCAUUUGAAUAUCAACUCCCAACGAUACCCCAUUCCCGAUGUCCCCGUUGUCUACCUGGUCGAGCCCAAUGAGGCUAAUGUUCAAGCUAUUACACGCGAUCUCUCCCAAGGCCUCUACUCCCCAGCCUACGUGAACUUCCUCUCCUCCGUCCCUCGGCCCCUCCUCGAGAACUUUGCUUCCCAGAUAGCCACAUCCGGGGCAUCGGAGCAUAUCGCACAAGUCUUUGAUCAGUACCUCAACUUUAUUGUUGCAGAGCCGGAUCUCUUCAGCUUAGGUCUCGGAAAUGAUGCGUACUACAAGAUCAACAGUGGGAAGACUAGCGACGAGGACCUGGAUGCCAUCGUCGAUAAGGUUGUGAGUGGUCUCUUCAGCGUGAGCGUUACAAUGGGUACGAUCCCUAUCAUUCGAUGUCCCAAGGGUGGCGCAGCCGAAUUGAUCGCUACAAAGCUGGACCGUAAACUUCGUGACCACAUCCUCAAUUCAAAAGACAACCUCUUCUCGGGCAACCAAAGAGCUUUGCCUGGAGUACCCUCGUCUCGUCCUGUUUUGAUUAUUAUGGACCGCAAUGUUGAUCUGGUUCCUAUGCUCUCCCACUCGUGGACCUACCAGUCGCUGGUGCAAGACGUACUUCAGAUGCGCUUGAAUCGGAUCACGUUGGAUGCGGACGAACAAGGCUCGGGCAAGGUUGCGAAGAAAUCCUACGAUCUAACCAGCAACGACUUUUUCUGGCAGCGAAACGCUGGAGCGCCUUUCCCUCAAGUCGCCGAAGAUAUCGAUGCUGAGCUGACACGGUACAAGGACGAUGCGAAUGAGAUCACGAAGAAGACUGGUGCUUCGUCCAUUGAAGACCUACAGAACGACACUAGCGCUUCAGCGCAGCACCUUAAGGCGGCUAUUACGCUGCUACCCGAACUGCGGGAGCGCAAGGCCGUGCUUGAUAUGCACAUGAACAUCGCCACCGCCCUUCUAAAGGGAAUCAAGGACCGCCAACUAGACAACUUCUUCGAGCUGGAGGAGAAUAUUAUCAAACAGUCCAAGGCGCAGCUCCUAGACCUGAUCAAUGACCCUGCCAAGGGAAGCAAUCCUCUGGACAAAUUGCGUAUCUUUAUCAUCUGGUUCCUCAGUACAGAGGCCGAGCUGAACCGGGCGGAAAUGACCCAAUUUGAGGAGGCUCUGACCAACGCCGGGGUAUCGGAUGUCACCCCUCUAUCCUAUGUUCGACAGGUCCGUGAGAUCACCCGGAUGACCAUGAUGACCACUGCCGCCCCAGAGCAGCAGUCCUCAGAUCUAUUCCGUGGAUUCUCUUCACUUUCCAACCGUCUCACCGAUCGCAUCACUUCCGGUGCCCUAGGCGCAAAUUUCGACUCCCUCAUCUCCGGCGUGAAAAAUUUCCUGCCCGCAAACAAGGAUCUGACCGUGACAAAGAUCACCGAGUCCAUCAUGGACCCAUCCACGGCAUCUAGUUCAGCUAUUGCCAAGACGGAGAACUAUCUCUACUUCGACCCCCGCAGUGCCAAUGCCCGUGGCGCCAUGCCCCCCGCCUCCGCAUCGCGAAGCACCCAGAUGCCCGGUGGAAUGGGCGCCACGGCUCCUGGCAUCAAUGCCACCUUUGGUCAGCGCCGGCAAGCCUUCAAUGAGGCCAUCGUUUUCACCGUCGGUGGUGGAAGCAUGGAUGAAUAUGGUAACUUGCAGGACUGGGUACGCCGGACUAGUGGCCAGUCAGGCGCAGACGGUGCGACGUCCGCUAGUCGCACUACUACUGGUCGUCGCCGGGUCGUCUACGGUAGUACAGACUUGAUGAACGCGACUGAGUUCCUAACAGAUUCGUUGGCGCCUUUAGGUCGGGAGAGUUAG